ACUGAAACGAAGCUGUGAGGCGUGGGCUUGAAUCAUCUCGCUGCGGUGUCUCUGUGGUAAAGCGGAAGAGCACCACCGCUUCUCCCGUGUCUCCUGUCUCCCUCUGCCCGCUGUUUACCGCAUCAUUCUGGGGUUAAACUUCCUCUCCAGGCCUCGUCUGUCCCGGGCCCUGGGUCUGAAAUCACCCGAGGACUUUAAUCAAAUUUGGGAGCCUAAAAAGACCAAAAAUGAGCAUGGAGAUGCACGAGAAAGACGAAGCUAAUAUGGGACCCGUGCUGCACAUCGUAGUGGUUGGAUUUCACCACAAAAAGGGCUGUCAGGUGGAGUUCUCAUACCCUCCUCUGGUCCCUGAUGGAGAACAUGACAGUGGACUGAUCCCAGAUGAGUGGAAAUAUCUGCCAUUCCUCGCUUUGCCAGACGGAGCACACAACUACCAGGAGGACACAGUGUAUUUCCACCUGCCUCCUCUGAGCGCAGACCAGAAGUGUGUGUACGGCGUGUCCUGCUAUAGACAAAUAGAAGCAAAGGCUCUGAAAGUGCGACAGGCCGACGUGACCAGAGAAACCGUUCAGAAGAGUGUCUGCGUCCUCAGCCGAGUGCCUCUGUACGGUCUGCUCCAGGCCAAACUACAGCUCAUCACUCACGCCUACUUUGAGGAGAAAGACUUUUCACAAAUCUCCAUUUUAAAGGAGCUGUACGAUCACAUGAACAGCUCUCUGAGAGGGUCCGCUCUGGAGGGGUCUCAAGUUUACCUCGGUUUAUCCCCAAGAGAUUUAAUUUUGCACUUUCAACACAAGGUCCUUAUCUUAUUUAAACUUAUUUUGCUGGAAAAGAAGGUUCUAUUUUAUGUAUCUCCGGUGAACAGACUGGUGGGAGCCCUCAUGACAGUUCUGUCGCUGUUUCCAGGUUUAGUGGAGCACGGCCUGGUGGACUCGUCUCAUUACAAACCCAGAAGCAGUAUCUCUGAAGACACCAGUGUUUCGCCUGAAAGUGGAUCUGCGGCCGAAGAGUUUGUGUCUGUGUCUGUCACUGACCUAUCAGAGCACGAGGGGAGCAGGGACACGGGGCAAUCCACCAACCAGAGGCCAGAGAGGAGCGAGGGGGCCGGCACAGGGACCAAUCAGAAGAAGAUGCCACUUACAGGAGCCAAUGGGGACAGCUGUGGCGGUACAACCACCACUACUACAGAUAAUAACUUCCUGAAGCCCCCCUCUCGGACCUCACCAGACUCCUCUGAGAGCGACUGGGAGACUCUGGACCCCAGUGUUCUAGAUGACACCAAAGACCAGACCUUAGACCAGCCCCUAGAACCGGAUCGUUACCAGAUCGAGCAGAUCCCAGACGCCUUUGAGUCUCCGACCGGGACCCCCAUCACCUCUCAGCCUCUGGGGGGUGCUGGGGGGGUUUCUCAGGGGCUGGUGUCAGGACUGGAGGAGGACCAGUAUGGACUCCCACUGGCCAUAUUCACUAAGGGUUACCUGUGCCUGCCGUACAUGGCUCUGCAGCAGCACCAUCUGCUCUCAGACAUUUCCAUCAGAGGGUUUGUUGCCGGAGCAACCAACAUCUUGUUCAGACAACAGCGCCACCUAAGUGAUGUGGUUAUAGAGGUGGAAGAGGCUCGUAUCCAGACUCAGGACCCAGAUUUGCGCCGGGCUUUGGCUCUGACCACAGCAGAUCUCAGAUUUGUGGAUUAUUUGGUGAAACACGUCACUGAGAACAGGGAUGACGUGUUUCUGGAUGGGACAGGAUGGGAGGGGGGAGACGAGUGGAUACGCGCUCAGUUCACUCUGUAUCUGCACUCUCUGCUGGCCUCCGCUCUGCACCAGGAUAACGAGCGUCUUUUAGCGGACUAUGGCGCCCCCUUCAUCACAGCUUGGAAAAUGACACACAAUUAUCGAGUCUGGAUCAGCAACAAGCACUCGGGGAUGACGCACAUCACUGCAGGACACCCGUUCCAGGGACAGUACAGUGUCGCUGACGUUAAACUCCGCCUCUCACACUCAGUGCAGAACAGUGAAAGAGGGAAGAAGAUCGGGAACGCCAUGAUGACGACGAGCCGCAGCAUGGUGCAGACGGGGAAGGCAGUCGGUCAAUCUUUAGAAGGAGCUUUAACCAGCGCCAAGUCUGCCAUGUCUUCCUGGUUUUCCACUUUGGCCACACCCUCCUCCAUCACCCACCAAUCAGAACCUUCCGCUCCCCCCACAGACCCACCUACGGAAGCCCAACAGUGACAAAGAUCACCACAAAACCACUAUAUUUUACCUGGACAAUCUCUAAAUCUUACUACACUUAAUGACUUAAUGAAGGAAAGAGAAUAAACCAAGUCAUAAUUUAGUUUGAAAUGACUCGAUGUGGGACGACGCAUUUCCACUGUGAACGGAGCGACCCCAUUUCUGCUGCAGAUUUCAAGGUUUGUUUAAAAAAGUGACUGUUUUACUGAAAGAUGAAAUUAUUAUAUCAAGAAUAAAUGUAAAGCGGCAUGUGGCACCUUUUAAAAAGAAAAUAUUUACUGUAAAACUGCCUCUUUCUGUUAAUAUUGUUUGAUUGAUAAUGGUUGGCACGCUCGCCCUGUAGCAAGGAGCUGUCAGCUUUGAUUCCCGAAAAUAAUGGCUUUAUUUGGUAAGCCAAAUUUUAAAGAGGGGGUAUUAUGCAUAAUUGAGUUUUUCUCCCAUGUUAAAAUAUUGUUCCCUCAUCAAAAACAUGUCUGAAAAGGUUUCAUCCAUGCAUGUUUCAGUAAUCUAGUGAUCUCUCCUGGACACUGUUUGACACUUCCUCACCUCCACACAAGUCUACGUCACCCACACUCCACACGUCUCCAUAAAUAUACAAAAACAUGAUACACAACUAUACACAGCAACUUGACAAAUCUGAUGUGAUGUGGAGUAGUGACUUAAUUAACUAAAAAUGAAACUGAAACUCCUCCAACUUGGCAAUGAAGUAUUUUCAAAACAGUAUAAGUUUACAUGGUGACCUAAAUAUUUAAUUUGUUAACAGUAAUGAUCCCAUACGAGUGUAAUACCUCCUCUUUAAUGGUUGGCAUGAUCACCAUAUAGCAAAGAGGUCUCAGGUUUGAUUCCCGGUGGUAGUGGCUUUAUUUGUGAAGCCAAAUUUUAACGCUGGUUCAAAGGUCCUAUAUUCUGCUUAAAUUACUUUAAGCUUAUAGUCGUGUUAUAAUGUUUCCUCAUCAAAAACAUUAUUCUAUUCUCUCUGUCCAAACCUCAAAACACUCUGUUCCACCUUGUGACAUCAUCCAGUGAUAACCCAGAUGUUGCUCCAUCUUUUUAAAUCAAACCUAUUCUGCAAAAUGGACUUUUCAGAGCUUUUAACCAUGUUACAGUCAUUUCCUUCUCACUGACCCUCUCAAGCUGUUUUUGGAGUGAUUCAUGCGUAUUUGAGUCAUUUUUAAUUGUUUAUUUUGAAGACGCCAUUUUGCUGAUCAACCCGCUUUCACUAUCCCCUGCUUCACACCCACUGCUCUGUACUUUCUUCCUUCCCCCAUUUUAUUUUCUUAAUCGUUGAUACUCAUAGGAUCUGGUAGCAUCAUGUAUUCAUUUUAGUACAAAUGGAAAAAAAAAAAAAAAAAAAGCACUACUCUCUUGUGAUCUCGUGUGAUGUGCAGCUGUCCACAGGAGGGGCCGACACCAUGCGGCGCUUUGUUGUGAUGACGUUUGCCUUCAGAAUUGUUUGUUGUUUGUUCUUUUAAGUCAUUUUUGAUGAAAAUUGUGAUUUUAAAAUGUCCAAAUCACAACUAUACAGCAAACACACAGCAUGUGUCAAACCCACCUCCACUGGACUCGUCUACUCAAUGCACAGAUCACAAACUACUUCUUGCAGUUAUUGUUUUCAGCCUCAUUUUAACUGCUUCACUCACUGCUCCUGUAGCUGGACUUCUUGCGCCAUCUGCUGACAACAGUGCUGCUUUUUCUAUGUUAAAUCAGGACCAAGUUGCAUUUACUUAAAAAAAAUAUAUAUAUACAAUAUACCAAGUGAUUUAAAAUGCCUGAACAAUGCACAAUAUGUGACAUUUCUCAUGGAGGGUCAGCCACCUGCUUGUCUCCAUGGUGACAUUAGUGCUUGGUCUGGAAAAUUCCACAGUAUGGCAUCAAAUAAAUUUUUCCAACAUUUUUACUAGAUGUUUUUUUGCUGUAAAAUCCCUUGAGAAACAUUCUCACUGUGAGCGGGGUCACCUCUCCACAGAACUUGGCCUGAUGGUAUCGCCUGCUUGCCUCCAUGGAGAUGUUAUUGCUAUGCCUGGAAUGUUCCAGUGUAUGGCAUUAAACAUACAUCAGCUUUUUUAGUAGUUGUUUUUAUUGCUGUAAAAUCCCCAGAUAAACAUCUGUUCUUACCGAUAACUUGGCUCGGUAGCGUCACUUGCUUGUCUCCAUGGAGCUCAAUGAAGGCCAUACUGUGGAACAUUCAAGGCAAAACAAUAACCUCAAUUUAAAGAGGUAGAUGGCCGACCCUCCACUCAAAAAGUUAUGUAGUGUGGCUUUACACCAUUUCUACCGAUGUCUAAUGUUCACAACACGACCAGAACCACUCUGUGCCAUCUGGUUGUCCCUUUUUAACGUUGACAUUGUUAUUGUUCUGAAACAAAACAUCUAAAACAUUGAAUUUUUAAUGUUAAAAUCAUGUUACUGUUGUAAAAUUGUCCUUCCAUGUUUAGUCACUGGAGUCGACCUUAAAUGAUGCACUUAAAGGGCCCGUUUUACACCAUGUUCUGAUCUGUUCUAAUGUUUCCUCGUCACAAACACACCUGGAGCUGUGUUUUUGUUUUAUUCACACAUGUUUAACACACAAACUGCAGAUUUAGGCUGAGUUCUUCUCUCAAACAGAAAACACUCUGUCCCACCUUGUGAUGUCAUCAUGUGGUAAUACAGGAAGUGCUCCACUGUGUUUUUAAACUCUGCACACCUUCACUAAAAUCAUUUGGAUCAUUUCAGCUUUGAAAUUGUCAAUCUCUACUGAACUAAAGGUAAAAGGAGCUGUUAACUUGAAAACUACCACUUUAUGACAUCACAAGGUGGAACAGAGCAUUUUGAGCUUUGGAGAUGUAGACAGAUAAGAAUGAAACAAAACACAACUCCAGGUAUAUCUUUGAGGAAAUAUAACAUGACUUAAAGCUCUAUUUAGUGUAAUAUAGGACCUUUAAGUCCCAUAUUGUUGUAACUUUAAGAUGUCUGUCUCUCAAAUGUUUCAUUGUGGUUCAGUUUUUUAGUUUUUUUGUUUUGUUUUAGGAAGUGGUUUUGAAGUGUUCAGUUCUGUCUUUUUUACCCUGAUAUUUUUGUAAUAAUUAUUUGAAUGUAUUAAGAAUCCUACAGAUAUUUUCUUGAAGUUUUACUGUAUUGAAAA